AUGAGGGCGGUUGAAGAAAGAAGAAAAUAUACAUCGUCUUUCCCAGCCAUCAUGACCCCUAAUCAUCUUGCAAAUUCCCCCAAGACCAGGAUGCAUUGCGACGAUCGGGGGGAAGGCUUGGUAAUAGCGGGUGGUGAUUCAGCCGGAUCCUCCACUCAGCUAGCCGUGAACUGCCUGCCUGCGUUGCGUCCCAGAGCGCAGUCUAGACGGGCGGUUAUGGAGGGGGGGAAGGGAACGAGGAGGAUCCCUCCUCACACCUUCUCAAUCUCUCCAGCCAGACUCGACCAUUCAGCGCGCGUAGCCAUGUCCGGGAUAAAGUCCUGGACAUGCAGAGCCUCCAGCCGCCAACACCCCGCCAAUUUGCGAUCGGGAUCGCGGCCAGAAAAGGAGGGGAAAGCGGCGGAUGACGAGGAAGGAGGGGAUGGGCAUUGGGUUUGUCUGGAAAGGAGAGUUGAAUGGAGGAACAAAAUUGGGGGUGGAAAGAUUUGGGCUGGGGGAGGGGGGAAGGGAAGUGUGGAUGUGGAUGUGGUGGAUGUGGAUGGAAAGGGAAAAGGGGGAGACACUGACAAGAGGGAAAUUGGGAAUUGGGAAUUGGGAAUUGAUGGCCUGCCCGGAAGGGGGUGGGAUUCGUCCAGAAAGGAGACUGACUGA